AUGUGCGUUUACUCCGUCCUCGUCUCUAACACUUUCCAUCACCCUGCCCCAUUCUCCCGCUUUCCAUCACCCCGCCCCAUUCUCCCGCUUUCCAUCACCCCGCCCCAUUCUCCCGCUUUCCAUCACCCCGCCCCGUUCUCCCGCUUUCCAUCACCCCGCCCCAUUCUCCCUCCUUCCAUCACCCCGCCCCAUUCUCCCGCUUUCCAUCACCCCGCCCCAUUCUCCCGCUUUCCAUCACCCCGCCCCAUUCUCCCGCUUUCCAUCACCCCGCCCCAUUCUCCCGCUUUCCAUCACCCCGCCCCAUUCUCCCGCUUUCCAUCACCCCGCCCCAUUCUCCCGCUUUCCAUCACCCCGCCCCAUUCUCCCGCUUUCCAUCACCCCGCCCCAUUCUCCCUCCUUCCAUCACCCCGCCCCAUUCUCCCUCCUUCCAUCACCCCGCCCCGUUCUCCCUCCUUCCAUCACCCCGCCCCGUUCUCCCUCCUUCCAUCACCCCGCCCCGUUCUCCCGCUUUCCAUCACCCCGCCCCGUUCUCCCAAUUUCCAUCACCCCGCCCCAUUCUCCCGCUUUCCAUCACCCCGCCCCAUUCUCCCGCUUUCCAUCACCCCGCCCCAUUCUCCCGCGUUCCAUCACCCCGCCCCAUUCUCCCUCCUUCCAUCACCCCGCUCCAUUCUCCCGCUUUCCAUCACCCCGCCCAUUCUCCCGCUUUCCAUCACCCCGCCCCAUUCUCCCGCUUUCCAUCACCCCGCCCCAUUGUCCCGCUUUCCAUCACCCCGCCCCAUUGUCCCGCUUUCCAUCACCCCGCCCCAUUGUCCCGCUUUCCAUCACCCCGCCCCAUUGUCCCGCUUUCCAUCACCCCGCCCCGUUGUCCCGCUUUCCAUCACCCCGCCCCGUUGUCCCGCUUUCCAUCACCCCGCCCCGUUGUCCCGCUUUCCAUCACCCCGCCCCGUUGUCCCGCUUUCCAUCACCCCGCCCCGUUGUCCCGCUUUCCAUCACCCCGCCCCGUUCUCCCGCUUUCCAUCACCCCGCCCCGUUGUCCCGCUUUCCAUCACCCCGCCCCGUUGUCCCGCUUUCCAUCACCCCGCCCCGUUCUCCCGCUUUCCAUCACCCCGCCCCGUUCUCCCGCUUUCCAUCACCCCGCCCCGUUCUCCCGCUUUCCAUCACCCCGCCCCAUUCUCCCGCUUUCCAUCACCGCGCCCCAUUCUCCCGCUUUCCAUCACCGCCCCCCAUUCUCCCGCUUUCCGUCACCCCGCCCCAUUCUCCCGCUUUCCAUCACCCCGCCCCAUUCUCCCUCCUUCCAUCACCCCGCCCCAUUCUCCCGCUUUCCAUCACCCCGCCCCAUUCUCCCUCGUUCCAUCACCCCGCCCCAUUCUCCCGCUUUCCGUCACCCCGCCCCAUUCUCCCUCCUUCCACCACCCCACCCCAUUCUCCCGCUUUCCAUCACCCCGCCCCAUUCUCCCUCCUUCUAUCACCCCGCCCCAUUAUCCCGCUUUCCAUCACCCCGCCCCAUUCUCCCUCCUUCCAUCACCCCGCCCCAUUCUCCCUCUUUCCAUCACCCCGCCCCAUUCUCCCUCCUUCCAUCACCCCGCCCCAUUCUCCCUCCUUCCAUCACCCCGCCCCGUUCUCCCUCCUUCCAUCACCCCGCCCCGUUCUCCCGCUUUCCAUCACCCCGCCCCAUUCUCCCGCUUUCCAUCACCCCGCCCCAUUCUCCCGCUUUCCAUCACCCCGCCCCAUUCUCCCGCGUUCCAUCACCCCGCCCCAUUCUCCCUCCUUCCAUCACCCCGCCCCAUUCUCCCGCUUUCCAUCACCCCGCCCCAUUCUCCCGCUUUCCAUCACCCCGCCCCAUUCUCCUGCUUUCCAUCACCCCGCCCCAUUCUCCCGCUUUCCAUCACCCCGCCCCAUUCUCCCGCUUUCCAUCACCCCGCCCCAUUGUCCCGCUUUCCAUCACCCCGCCCCGUUGUCCCGCUUUCCAUCACCCCGCCCCGUUCUCCCGCUUUCCAUCACCCCGCCCCGUUCUUCCGCUUUCCAUCACCCCGCCCCGUUCUCCCGCUUUCCAUCACCCCGCCCCGUUCUCCCGCUUUCCAUCACCCCGCCCCAUUCUCCCGUUUUCCAUCACCGCGCCCCAUUCUCCCGCUUUCCAUCACCGCGCCCCAUUCUCCCGCUUUCCAUCACCCCCCCCCAUUCUCCCGCUUUCCAUCACCCCGCCCCAUUCUCCCGCUUUCCAUCACCCCGCCCCAUUCUCCCUCCUUCCAUCACCCCGCCCCAUUCUCCCGCUUUCCAUCACCCCGCCCCAUUCUCCCUCGUUCCAUCACCCCGCCCCAUUCUCCCGCUUUCCGUCACCCCGCCCCAUUCUCCCUCCUUCCACCACCCCGCCCCAUUCUCCCGCUUUCCAUCACCCCGCCCCAUUCUCCCUCCUUCUAUCACCCCGCCCCAUUAUCCCGCUUCCCAUCACCCCGCCCCAUUCUCCCGUUUUCCAUCACCCCGCCCCAUUCUCCCUCCUUCCAUCACCCCGCCCCAUUCUCCCUCCUUCCAUAA